ACAUUCUUCUGCACACAACCCUCCCACUGCACACUUGCAAGACUUGUGAAUUUCUUACACAUUUUCCCAGUCAUCCUUCACACAACUCAAGGUUUUAGUUCCCACUACACCUGACGUCACUGAGGGUCGUGUCAACAUGACAGGCUGCAUGGCUCUGGUCUUCUGUGUGGCAGCCCUGACUGCAUGGAUAGUCAGUGCAGAUGCCAAGGAGUUAUCCAUCACCACUAUAAAGGAAGAUCCGUACACCAUGAGCAGAGGCUCUGAGCUAGAGGGCUACUGCAUCGAUCUGAUCACUGAGCUCUCCAGGAAGCUGGUCUUUAAGUACAAACUGCACCUUGUGAAGGACAGCAAAUACGGAACCAUGGACUCCAGCGGAAACUGGAACGGCAUGAUUGGUGAAGUCAUUAGAGGGGAGGCUGACCUGGCAGUGGCCCCGCUGACCCUCACUGCGGUCAGAGAGCAGUUUGUGGACAUGAGCACCCCCUUCAUGCAGACAGGAAUCGGCUUCGUCCUGCGCAAAGACACUGAAGAGAGCUCCUUCAGCCUGCUGUCACCUUUCUCCACUGACAUGUGGGUUGGCGUCCUCAUUGCAUUCCUGCUAACAGGGCUCUGCAUAUUUCUGGUGGGCAGGAUCAGUCCCACUGAAUGGGCUGGGCCAGACACAGAGGAGCACAGCUUCACACUGCUGCAUAGCUUCUGGUACAUCACAGGAGCUCUCACCCUGCAAGGUGCUGGUCCUCACCCGAAGGCCCUUUCUGGACGUCUAGUAAGCGCCAUCUGGUGGCUGUUUGCUGUACUGCUUCUGGCCAGCUACUUUGGCAACUUCAACUCCAUGUUGCACUCCAACAACAAACACAUCUCCAUCGAGAGUUUCGAAGACCUUGCUAACCAGGAUGUGAUCGAUUAUGGCACAGUGGAGUCUGGAUCCACCAUGCUGUUCUUUAAGCAUUCCACCAACCCUUUGUACCAGCGUAUCUACCAGCACAUGGAACGUAAGAAGAGCUUCGUGUCCAGCACACAGGAGGGUGUUCGUCGCGCCCAGGAGGGAAACUUUGCCUUCAUCGGUGAAGCUGUAUCCUUGGACUUGGCAGUGGCUCGCUACUGUGAUCUGUGCCGUUCACAGGAAGUCAUCGGUAUGAGAGCCUACAGCAUCGCAGCACCUAUGGGUUCCCCUCUGGUCAAAAACCUAACCGUGGCCAUCCUCCAGCUCAGCGAGUCCGGUAUGCUGACGCAUCUGCGGCACAAGUGGUGGGCCAGCAGCUGCGCGGGCGCUGACAGGGCCCACAACUCUGAGGCUCUGCAGGCCCACGACCUGCGGGGCCUCUUCCUCCUCCUGGGUCUGGGACUGGGUGUUGGGCUCCUGAUGGCCCUGCUGGAGCUCUUAUCCAGGGCCCGCAACCAAGCUAAGGAUGGCAAGCCCUGGAACAGUGAUAUCCCCCCUUCCGUUCUCUUCUCAUGGGGGCAGCAUCGACGGACAUCGCCCAGCUAAGUAACACCCAGAAAUCAUGUUGCUCGGUGCUGACAUCAGAGCUAAACCAGCGAUUUGGCAGCAAAGAGGAGAGUGCAGAGCAAGAUGCCUCAGACAAAAGCAAAGCCUAAAGGAGAAAUUUAUGUGUUAGCAUGUGAUAAGAUAGUAUCAGAGAUGAUUGUUGUUCCAUCAAGCACACUAGCUUUUUUGUGUUUCCAUAGUAACAGCAUGUGUUGUGUGGUCAGUAAGUGUAUUUCGUUCUCUUCCAGGAAAGUUCAGUGACCACAUGGGACAUAUCGACUAGCAGCUACAGAGUAUUAGGCAUCGAAUCAAGGCAAUUAUAGCUUCAAACUGAAAAUACUAAUCAAUCUGAUUUAUUUACCGUACAGUGUUGUUGCAUGUUGUCAGACAUCCACAUCCCAUCCCUGGACUAACUUAUAUUUCUUGUUGAACUGUUAUAGUUUGUAUUUGCUUGUAUAUUCAAAAUAAAUCCCCCAAUAUCCCAAAUG